UGCAGCUAGCCACGGUUUCUACUUUUAUUCGAAGUUGAACCUCAGCGAAGUGAUGAGCCGAUGAAAGCGAGCGAACCGAGUGACCGCACGUAUAAUCGAGUGUAGCGAGAGAGCGAGAGACUGUGUUUUGCAACUGAGGGUAUAAUAGCGAUCAAGAGAAGAAGGACAAGUGUGUGAAACCAGCCAUCUUGGAAAAAAGCUGAAAUUCGAUUUUCGGUUCGCGAAUUUCCUAGUUUGUGCGCAACUUUGUGAUCCUUUUGUCGGUGAAAACGAAACCAGUUGUGAUUUGGAAGUAAUUUAAGGUUCUAAUUUAAGUUUGAAAUCUGUGCCGUAUCUUGGAAGGCGAUUCCCCAACGACGACCAACAACCCAACAAAAGUGUGCUGUGUUAGAGCCCCAUUUCGAAGCCCGAGCAGGAAAAGAAGACGAAGAAGAAGAGUUCACCAUAUUUGAAGUGUUUUCGCUGCCAGUAAAGAAGAAAACGAAGCAGCAGCAGUAGCAGCAGUUGGUGAAAAAGUGCAAAAUUUAGAAAUUCACUAACGGUGGCGAGUUUUUUUUUCGUACGAGUUUCUUGGUUGCUACUGGCAGCAAUUGCAGCAAAAGUGAGAAACUUGAACCGAAAUUUUACUGGCAUUGCAAAGUAGUGCGUCGUAAGUGUAAGGGCAAAGAAGUGGAAGCUUAAGAAGAAGAAGGAAAAGAUAACGAAGCAGCAGAGAAAAGUCGUAUCAAGUAGUGUGGUGGCUGCUGAGUGGCACCUUUUACUGAACGAGUCUGUUCAAAGUUUGAUGUUGAAUCGUUUUGAAACGGCGCAUUUGCACACAGUGGAGCACAGAUUCCGUUCGUACAAACGAAUCCCGAGAAAAUGAGAAUAGAAGUAAAUUCGGCUGCGGAUUUUCUGAUGAAUUUGCUGCGAGUGAAAAAAGCAAAUCAGCUAUCCGAGAGCCAACUGCAGCAUUUCAAGGGAUCGCUCGAGCUGACUCUGACGCGUCAUUUCGCACGUCAUUGGUAUCCUGAUGUUCCUAACAAGGGUUCCGGCUUCCGCUGUCUGCGGAUCAACGGGAAGAUGGAUCCGAUCAUCGAGAAGGCGGGUCACGCAGUGGGUCUGAAUGCGAUUGCACUUCGAAAGAUGCUACCCCUGGAGCUGACGGUCUGGAUCGAUCCGGACGAGGUUUCGUACCGUAUUGGCGAGAACGGUACCAUCUGUGUGCUGUACGAUCAACACCUGAGCCGUGCCAGUCCCUCGUCGGAUCUCGAUUCGACGGGUAGCAGUAGCUGUGAUGAAUUCAUUAUGGAACGGGUCGGCCGAGUGGAUCUGUCGACGUCGUCCGAUAGUGGAACUAGUGUUAUGGUAGAUUUUAUGGAUGUCAAUCCAUCGAAUUCGCUUGGAGGAACGCAGAGCAAGCACAACAAGUACAACAACAAUCAUCAUCAUAAUAAUCAUCAUUACGUGAAGCGUCAUAACAAUAGCGUCAGCUCGUCGUCUAGUGGACAGACUAGUCCACCCCUUAGUCCACCAUACAACGGCUACAACAAUAGCAACAACUUCAACAACAACCGAUAUCAGCAUAAUAAUCAACAUAACAACAACUUCUACUCGCCAUCCGUUCAUCAGCAGCAACAAUAUUUCCCCUGGGACAACCAGUUUGUCAACAACAAAGUUCGUACGCAGUGUUAAGUUCAAAUACGACAGCACCGGUCGGUCCCAUUCACUCUCCUUCGUUUUUAAUAAAAAAAAUAUGGUUAAAUUAACCACCAAAAACUAUUCAUAUCAAACAUCGUACAUCUAUGCGCUACGUGUGCUAGCUCUCAAUCUGGUGGGCUUAGCAGAGCGAGGCGCAGGAGAGUGAAUGUGCCGACCCAAACUCCAUCUUCACGGGCAGCAACACUUCGAGGGACAGAGCGAGUGGACGAGCGAUAGAGAGAGAGAGAAAGAGAGUGACAUCUGUGGAGUGCGAGAUUUUUUCUAUCAGUGAGGACAACUUCUGAAUACGGUUAGAACAUCAACCCAAUCCAACUCAGCCAGGUAAAGUCAUCAAUCACAUGGAUCGGUCGACACUCUCUUUAACGAGUACUGUAGUAGGUUAAGUCCAGAAACGGGAAAGCAUUUGAAGAAAAACCACACAUAAUUGUAACAUCUCCCAAUUUUGAGUGAAGAAACCCCGGUUAGAUAGAAAGUGUUGCUGACUUAUAACAAACAAAAAAAAAUACAAA